AUGGAUUUACAUCUACGUUUUUUAAAUUGGCUUGGAAUGUUGUGGGAGAAGAUGUUUGUCAUGCUGUUAAGGAAUUCUUCCAAAGUGUGUAUCAGCAAGAUUAUUAAGAAUCGAAUUAAGGAAGGGUUGGCUGAUAUUGUUAGCAUAAAUCAGUCGGCUUUUGUCCCGGGUCGAAGAAUCUCAGAUAAUAUUUUGCUAACACAAGAGCUUAUGCAUAAUUUUCAUCGUAAGAUUGGUCCGCCAAGAUGUGCUUUUAAAGUUGAUAUUCAGAAGGCAUAUGAUACGGUCGAAUGGAGCUUUCUAGAGAAGACUUUAUUGGGUUUCCGCUUCCAUCCGAAGAUAGUAAAAUGGAUUAUUGCUUGUGUUUCGUCAACCUCGUUUUCAUUGGCGAUUAAUGGUAGUCUUUAUGGGUAUUUUAAAGGACGUCGGGGGCUUAGACAAGGUGAUCCAAUGUCUCUGUAUCUGUUUACGUUGGUCAUGGAGGUGCUCUCAUUGAUCCUACAAAAUCAGGUAUCUCUAUCGUCAGAAUUUAGAUUCCAUAACAAAUGUGAAAAACAAAGAAUCAUAAACCUCUGCUUUGCGGAUGACUUGUUCCUUUUUGCAAGAAGGCACCCUAGAUCAGCUAGAGUUGUGAUGGGAGCCUUAAAUCAAUUCCAGAAUAUGUCGGGUCUUGUGCCGAGUAUGGCAAAGAGUAUGGUGUAUUUUGGUAAUGUGACCGAAGGCGUGAAGGAUCGGAUUAAAAGUAUUAUGAACAUUGAGGAAGGUGAAUUACCUGUUAGGUAUCUUGGGGUUCCUUUGAUAUCCACCCGGUUGCAUCAUAAGGACUGUAAAAGAUUAAUUGAAUGUUUGGAUGCUCGUAUAACGGAUUGGAAAAACAAAUGUUUGUCGUUUGUAGGGAGAUUGCAACUGAUUAAAUCGGUCCUUUCGUCUAUGCAUGUGUUCUGGGCUUCGGUUUUCGUCCUUCCCAAACGAAUUAUACACGAGAUAGAGGAGAGAAUGCGACGUUUUUUGUGGAACCAAGGUAAUAAUAUUAAAGGUAAAGUGAAAGUUAAGUGGAAGUCAGUGUGCUUGCCUAAAAGUGAAGGUGGUUUAGGUAUUAGAAGAGUUGGAGAUAUGAAUAAUGCUCUCAUGGUCAAUCACAUUUGGAGUCUUUUAUCUCUAAGGGAGUCGUUAUGGGUUAGAUGGAUUCACUCUUAUCGUAUUCGCAAUAGAAGCUUUUGGGAUAUCCCGGUUGGAAGCAAUAUAGCGUGUAGUUUGAGGAAGAUGCUUGGGCUUAGGCCUUUGAUUAGAGACCAUGUUUGGAUUAAUGUGGGUAGUGGAACCAAAACAUUUGCUUGGUUUGACAAAUGGGAUGCGGUAUGCCCGAUUGCUAGGAUUCUUACUCCGAGAAUUAUAGCUAAUGCGGGAUUCAACAUGAAUACUAAGCUUGCGGAGGUUUAUGCUGAUGGUGCUUGGCUUUGGCCGAACACAUGGAUGGAUCGAUUUCCGGCUCUUGCCCAAAUUCAAAUAGGUGAAUUGGACCAAAUGAGACAGGAUAAAAUUGAAUGGCAAACAAAUUCGGGUCACCGGUUGGAGUUUAACACGGCUAUAGUGUGGAAUGAUAUUCGGUUUUAUCAGAAUGAAGUGCCAUGGGCUAACUUAGUGUGGUUCCCUCAAGCGAUCCCCCGUCAUUCGUUUCUCACGUGGCUUUUUGUGCAGAGAAAGCUGAAGACUCAGGAUUUUAUGAGUAGAUGGAUUUCCUCAGGUAAUGCAAAUUACAACCUGAUGUGUUGCUCGCUUUGCUCCUCGUGUCCGGAUUCUCAUGGUCACCUUUUUUUCGAGUGUGGUUAUGCUACUACGGUUUGGAAUGGGGCGAAAGGUAAAGCUGAUAUGGCCGAUUUGGAUAAUGAUUGGAACACUAUUUUUCAGCAUUUGUUAACUAUUGCUUAUUCAAAGACAGCGAGAAACAUUAUAGCGAAGAUUCUCGUUAGUGCAUCCACAUAUUUUAUUUGGGAAGAAAGGAACAGAAGAUUAUUUUCAUCCAGAAAAAGAAAUGCUUGCCAAUUGGUAGAGGUCAUUCUAUCGACAGUAAGGUUGAAGCUUCAUACUAUGAGAUUCAAGACAACCCCUAGCACGAUUCAAGUUUUGCAAGAGUGGGCGCUUCCUCGGGGACUUCUGGUUCCUGAUGACGACUGCGGCUAA